AUGACGGGAUGGAAUAGAGUGCUUAAAUUCUGGGUAAUAUUCGUGAUAGCGACGUUGAAUAUAAAUUUAGUACAAAUAUUCAGCAGUCCAUUUAAAUUAAUCAGUAAAUCCAUCUACACAAGCAUCAUCGACUACUCGAAAGCGUCAUUCUCCAAGUUUCUGGUUAUUUUGUUAAAUUUGCAAGGUAAUGGAAGCGUAGUGAGAGUGUACAACCCAGUAACAGUUCAACCACAAUCUGUAAUCUUCUCAAACCACCAACUGUACACUGAUUGGAUUUACAUCUGGACUCUCCUCUAUAAGCUGGAAUCCAACGCUGAUCACCUUAUCAUCAUCCUCAAACACUCCCUCAAACACAUCCCCAUCCUUGGCUGGGGUAUGCAAUUUUUCAACUUUAUCUUUCUUAGACGCAGUUGGGCUGUUGAUAACAAGACACUCUCUAAUCAAUUACAUCAGAUUUCUGCCAACAGCAACCCAUACACCCUUCUCCUCUUCCCUGAAGGUACCACCAUCUCCAACGAUUCUCGCCCAAAGUCAAACAACUUUACGAAGAAAAUUGGCGUUGAAGAUUUUCACCAUCUCCUCUACCCACGUGUUACUGGUCUCCUCCACUCCCUCAGGUCUCUCUCCCAUAAUCCCAACCUCCAGGUCAUCGACUCUACCCUUGCAUACCCAGACAUCCCCCCUGGCGUCUACGGCCAGGACUGGUACACGCUUAAAAACACCUUCCUCAGGCGCAUCUCGCCGGAUAUUAUACACUUGCACAUGAGCAGCUGGAAAUUGUGUGACAUUCCAAUCCACUCGGAUGAUUUAUUCACUAGCUGGCUUCUACAGAGGUGGCACGAGAAAGAGCAACGUUUGCGUGUUUUCCAAGAGUCACACACUCUAGAUCCAUCUGGCAAGUACCAAGACAUCCCUCUCAAUCUAACCCAUCCACUAGCACACACACUCGAUGCUUUCAUCUACUUUGUUCCUAUCAUUUUGGUGUAUGUUCUAUGUCGUUUGGUGAUAUAA